AUGUCGAAUAUAAACGAAACACCUAAAAAAUUAGUUCCAACUGCAAAACAUAAGAAACUAAAUUCGAACGAUUAUUGUAGGUGUUGUAAAUUAUCCCUAAGAGUUCAGUAUGGAGACUCUUGGAAGUCUGUAUCCACUGAAAAUGUUUUUAAUGCAUCUAAAAAAAAGGGAUUCGAAGGGCAAAUUUUAGCGCAGAAUGUGGAUGCGAUUGGAAUAAAGGUGGAGAGAAAAUCCGAUUUAUCAGAAAGACUUUGUAAGCCUUGUGCUACUAAAAUACGGAAUGCAUGUGCAGGGUUUUUGUUUCUUUUGCAUAACAUUAAUACCAUUAAUCCAAUAUUCAUGAGAGAUCAAGAGGUCGAAACUACAGCCACAGGGGUUCAUGAUACUAUAAAUACGUCACGCACGAAAAGAACUCUGCCAACGACUGUUUCUACUCCAGAGCGAAGUCCUAUAUCAAAAAAGACACAAAAGACAGGAACGAUCAGACUGAAGAGAUCGCUUGGCAAGCAGUUUGAUAACACUAUAAACAAGGAUCAUAAUGAAGAUUCGCUUCUCAAUAUUGAUGAUAUUAUUUGUCAUGACGACGAAGAGAAAGUACAAAAGCAGACCCGAGUAAAGGUGUUAAUAUUGUGGCCUAAUGGAAGAACCGAUGUUAAAGUACCAUCUAGCGAUGAGAACGACACUAUUCGGCUUGUGAAGAACAUAGUUUUAAAUAAUUGGAAAGCAGUGUCCCACAUUGUCCUCACGCACCGGGAAUUAAAACCAGAAAUCCUAAAAGCUGUGCGGUCCGCUACUAACAAUGAGUUCAAACAGUACUGUAAUUCUGACACUAUUUUGAAGCGUCGUUCAACUGAAGAAUUAAUUGCGUUUUCGAACAGUACAAUUAUUAAGGAAAUUACUGAAAGAUGCCCCCUUUGGAGUUCGUGCGUAAGUGGAGCGUGUAGUGUUCAGCUGCAACAAAUGCACGAGUAUGACAAUACGAAUGCCAUCAAUUCUGUUGCUCUCGCCACUUCUGCGAUAGCUCGAGUUCGUAACAAGUCUAUGUCUGCUCUGACAUACAGAGUGUCCAGCAUUUUGUUUCACAGUGGAGUGUCUUAUCAAGAUAUGACCAGAUUGAACCGAUUAGGUAUUGGCAUGUCCCCAGAUAUGGUUAUAAGUUUUCAGCGACAGUUAGGAAAAAACUUUGAUUCCAAAGUGCUUUCUUACAAAAGCUCUCUUGAGGAGAAACCACAUGAUACCCUAGCUUUAAUGAUGGAAAUCAAAGAUAAACAGCCUGUAACGAAUGAUGAUAUUGUUGCUAUUGAUGUAUGUGAAGAGAAACUUAGCAGUUAUCAACAUUUUACACCUGAAUCUUUCACUCGUAUAACUGAUAUGUUGCAAUCAGAAAAAGAAAAGAAGAAUGUGGACAUUAUCUCUAAUGAAGUGCUGGACCAAGUGAUAACUGAUCACAAAAAGUUUAAUUUUCCAUUCUUUAAGUAAGUUUGCAAUUUAUCUGUUAUGCAUGAUUUUGAGAUUGAUUGUUUCCUAUUGAAUAUCAUAAACCUAGACCAGUAAGACCCCCCCCCCCAAAUGAUAUUGCUGCAAUCAGGGGUGUUUCCUUUUGCCCGUCCUCUGCCCCUUCCUUAAGUAGUAUCCCUGUUACAAGAUUGGUCCCUAUGGAAAGUGGGGGUCCAGAUGCUCCGAACCAUAAUUCCCAAUGAAUAUAAGCCCCCCUCUCUUCUGUAUCUGCCCAUUUAAUUUGUUACAAUAUCAUAGUGGAAAGUUUGAAAGUGCUUACUCUCCAAUAUGAACAUCUGAUAUGUUUGGUUCAAUUUUUUUUUAUUCACACAUUGAUUUACAUUUAUUGUUAAUAGAUUAGUUGGUGAUAACAUUGACCACGAAAUUAAUGCUCGGAUUCAAACAAAGGAACAUGGAAACCAAUCAAUCCACUGGACUCACCAGACUGUAAUAAGAGAUAGUGUUGUUGACCCUUGUCUGGACAAUACAAAGCCUCGACAAAGUCUUGAUCAGCUCCAGCUACUAGAUAUUUUGCCAACUGCUACCAUUCAGUCUCGACUAAAACAUUCAUGGGCAAUUCUUGUUAGCCGUGUAGUAACCAAGCACCUCAAAUAUUUUGCGUUCCUGAGAAAUGUUGUAAUUAACCACAUACCUCAUCAAUACUCUAAAGAGGCUUCAACAAAGUCAGAAAUUGUGAGUUUUAAUUAAUAAAUGCAUAAGGGAAAGGAACUGAUAUGUAUGUGCAGAAGUUUGUAUUUUUUCAGUGCUGACAAGGGUAGUCAUUUAAUAGUAUAAAGUGUGCAAAUUAUGAGAGAUCACAUGAUCACAUACAGUCAGACUGCAAGGUGUAAUAUUUCCAAUGCACCCAAGGCUUAUAUGCUUGGGCAAGCACUUGUGUUAGGGAUAAAAUUUUGUGCUUUCAUGUGUUCUUACAAAUAUAUAUUUUUCUUAAAUAUUAUAGUGUUGUCUUGGGAUGGAAUUUUAUAAUCCAAACAUUGCAGGAGAGAUGGCACAACUGUUAAUAAAAAAUCAAAACAAGUAUGUUCCCUCUUGUGGAAAGGGCGAGUCAAAAAAAGUUAUCACACCCAUUCCUUUCCAUGGAGACCAAUUAUUUGAAGAGCGAGCCAGGAAUGUUAUAUGGACAUUUCAGGAUGGUGACAAUGAAUUUGACAGUAUCAAGGGGCUUAAUCCCGAGUUUGCUGACUGGCAUGGAAAAGUAAACUUGUACGAGGUUUGUUUUUUUUUUAAUUAUUUUGUCUUUCCUGCAUAAAUCUAUUCAAAUCUUUAAAAUGUAUUUAUCCACUAACACUUUCCCCUUGAUGAGAAAUUUGUUUGGCAUUAGAGUAAAGUACUGUGAUUCGGUAUGGGGCAUUGCAGCGUCUACUUAAAUAUUUGAUAAGCAUUAUAAGUUUUAACUCAUUAAGUGGCAAUGGGUCUGAAUGUACCCUGAGAUUGGCAAGGGGGGCAAUGCACUGCAUGCACCCUGAUUAAACAACAUGUUGAUUACAUUAAUUGCUAAUUUACUACUAAUUGCAGAUGGAAUUUAACAUGUUUUGCAAAUCUGAUUCUGGGAAUGAGCUUGGCACAACGAAGGCAAGCAUGAAUAGAACUCGAAAAACAAAUGCAUCAGCUGGACCAGGGAAGAAAUACAAUGAAUACAAAGAGUUCCAUCAGUGUGAGUUAGAGGCUCAUAUUUGUUCUGCCUUUAUGGAAAUGACUGGGAUGGAAGAUACAAAUGGUAAAUAAAAUAAUGCUAUAAAGACACUAAUACAUGUAGUGUGAUUAACCCAUUGAGUGGCAGCACUCUUCCCUUGUCUUUGAUGAGAAAAAUCGUCUGGCAUUAGACAGUAAAAAAAUAAAGUAGGGAGCAUGAAGGGACAUGGCCACUUAAAGGGUUACAGUAAUAAUUAGUCUGAUAAUGAGCAAUGGUCUUUCAUUGACAAGUAAAACCUCUCUCCUACAGUAAACAGUAAGCGGUGUUAGACUAAAUAAAAGAAUAAUGUACUGUAUGGCACAUUACUGCUUAUAUAAUUAUAUUAUAAUUACCCAAAUUUAUAAGUAUGAUUAUCAAACCGUAUCAAGAUAAGUUGAAAACAUUUUUAGUACAAUGUUUUAUUUUCACCAUGAUUUUAUUUUAAGGGACUCCUAAGACUAUAAAUUUACCAAGUAACUUAACCAACAAGCAAACAAAAGGAGAGUGGUUGCUCAGUCUGUGUGAAUCCUUCAUAGACAGAUAUUGUUUUGACUCUGAAGAUCUUGAUAACUUGAUACAGCAGACAAACCAGUUGGAACUUGCAUCUCUUGGGAAAUACAAAUGCAGAGUUGAAAAAUGUGAUAAAGCAUUUGUUUAUCACUCAGGAAGAGUAAGGUGACUGAUAUGUAAAGUGGAAGUCAAGUCCAUAUGUAAACAAACGGUUUGUUUACAUUUUGAACUGAUGUGCUGUCUGAAUAUCUAACACCAUUUUGGUUCGCUAUGCUUCUAAAUGAAUAUGAAAUAGAGUUUAUGUUCAUAAAAAAUCGAAACAUUCGAAAUUAGGGCAAUGUUCACAUUUAAUAGAGGCCCUCACAUUGUUAUGAACAGAACCGAUGCGCAGAACGGACUUGACUUCCACUUUAAGAAAUAGAAAACAUCCUAUACUAAUUAGGUACUACUCCAAUUGAAACCAUAUCAGACAAGUAGAGAAGCUCUACUUGUCCCGGCUGAGAUUCUAUAUGUUAUAGAUUCGAUACAAAACUACUGUAAGUCAGUUGACGUAUUUCCAGUUAUUUCCAGCCAAUAUCGUAGCCAUGCUUUGACUGAUGUGCAUUUGAUAUGCCUUUGAUCCACUCUCAGCCAUAUUAAUCUGUAUCUUUUAUACAUUACUUAAGUCAUCUGCAAUUGCAAGUAAAUAAUAAAUAUUACUAAUAAUACUAUCCAUGAUAAUGAAUGAAAACAAGCAAUUUUUAAAAUAUUUAUGUCAAUUUUAGUCAUGAGAUCAGUGCACAUCAAAUGAACAAUGAUCGAAAUGGACAGAUUAGGGAUGAGUAUGGAUACUAUUUUUGCCGUGCUGAUUGUGGCCAUGUCUUUAGUACUAAAGCGACAAGGAACAGGUAAUUUUGCAAAAAAAUAUAUACAUAUCCCACAUUAUGUUAUUGGGCCAUUACAGAAAACAUCCAUACAGGUCUCUCCCACAGAGGAAAUUUGAGAUUAACCCCCUUACAAUGUCUAAUUGAUUUGACUAGGCUUUGCAUUCAUUUAAUUAAACUGGAGUAGCGAUUGAAAAUAUGACAUUUACUAUUAUUAUAUAUGAAUUUUCUCCCCUCCCUCCAUGGGGGGAGUGUGGAUCUUUUCUGAACCGACCCAUUGCAACGACACCCACAUGUAGUUGGCAAUUAAGGCAAUUCAUGAGGAUGUCAAUAUUUUGUUUUUCUGAUAGAAUGUGACUGGAUAUGUGUAUGAUGUUAUAAAUGACUAAACCAUAAUUUUGCUAUUUUAGGCAUGAGAAAAAAAAUCAUCUACAAUUUACUCCUGAAGAAGACACUUCUGUCAAUGAUACUCCAGACCCCAUUAUCAAUGACCACCUGUACAACUACCACUGUGCAAAGCUUAAGUUUGGUAUGAUUCUAUUUGAUUUCAAUGAUGCUGUACAAGAGGGUGAUGGCCAAAGGCUGCAUGAUAUUUACAAGUUGGCAUUGCUACUGUACAAAUCUGGGGGUCAUACUAAAUAUUCAUAUGUUGUGCUUCUUUACCUUGUUAAAAUUGCAGCUAUCUAUUCUGAAUUUGAAGCUCAUAACCUCAUGUGGAACAGAUUCUAUAACAAAUAUGGUCGUCUAGGUGGAAAUAUCUCAUUAGACCUAAAAAAGGAACAACAGAACAAAGUUCUGAAAACCAUCUGGAGGGCACUGGGGUCAAAUUUAAAUAAAGCAAGCGCAUCACGGGUAGCUGAAGCACUAGAGAAUCUAGAGAGACUAAUUUGA